AGUGUGUGACAAUCUUCUAAUGAUACGUUUAAGCUGGCAGCGUUCUAAGUGUACUACUGCUCAAAACUUCGCAAAAAACGAAGCUUUCCCACUCUAAUUCCGUAAGGCUAAUCUUAUAUUACUAUCUAGUACAUAAAUUUUUCUUAUGUGCUCCGAGCUAUAGAAGUCACUGAACAUGAAUGCUCAGUACGUCCUAGCCUGGUCUCUAAAACAGGCUACAAUCUAACGUGGAUUUCUCGGAUAUACGUCUCAUUUAGGCUCGAAUAAGAAGAUAAACUUUGUAAAGCCACAUUCAGUCUGUUGCUGUUAAAAUGAGUGGAAAGGAUGGAUCAAAACUGAAUACACCAGACGAAUCCAAACAUAGUAUAGAAGGAUCAACGAAAAAUACUGCUACGGUUGUUGAGGCUGACAAAAUAGACGACGUCAAUCAGCCAUAUUUAACGGACACAAAAAAGGAAAAAUUUCCCUCUCCAAAAGACUCCAACAGCUGUCAAGCGGUAAAAUCUACUAUUAACAUCGACUCUUGUAAUGUAUGGAAAACGCCUGACCCACACAAAACAGAGAAGCUUGCAUGCGUGGUUAGUUCCUCUAAGCCCGUGAAGGAAGGUGACUCUAGCAAGCCGUUGGAAACCAUCAAGGUGGGUAAGGCACCGCAAUUUAUAAGCUCGCCAAAUACCUUAAAGUCUACUGGAGAUCCUGACUCUAGUAGAAUAUUUGAAGCGUCCGAGUUUGCUAAACCACAGCAGCUUACAGAUCAACCAAAGGUCAUCAAGUCGAGGAAAGAAAUGGGAGCAAGCAAGGUGCAACCCGAUCAUACGAGUAACAGUAAUACUCUUAUCAACAAGAUAAGUAACCGAAGCCAGACAGGAGCUGCCACAAAGACCACCGAUUCGCGUACUUUGGCGGAAAUCGUCACCAUACAAAAAUCGGUGGGACUCAAACCUUUCACUGUCACUAAGUGGGGUACUGGCGUUCAAGCUAAACCAGUCAGCCAAAUGAAAACUGGCACGGCAGUCAAAUUCUGUCUUUCUCCAGUGAAGUCUCCAGCCUCGGUUAAAGCAGGUGCUCCAGUGAAGGCUGCCACUUUAGCGUCUCGAGCGAAGUCGGCUUUCGUAAGCAAAUCAAUAGAGUCGACGCGUGUGGGUCUGCGAAAGGGUGCUGAAUUGAAAGCUCCCGGUUCAGUAAAAUCGGUUACCACAGCAACGCCUGCCGAUCCAAAAAAAGCGAAGUCUACUUUGAAACUGGUCAAAACAGCCACCCGAAGUGGACACGCCAUCACAGCAAAACGGAAGGCCACAAAUAGCAUAGACCAUGUUCAAAAUAAAAAAGGAAGUCAGCCUGAGAUAGAAAAAAAAAUAGUUUUAAAGAAACCCAGUGCGACACCACGGAGUAAACCUACUUCAUGGACUUCGGCAGCUGAGAAUCUGACUCCGCCUCUUCGGCUUCGACCAUCAGUCGGUCCAGGCGAAAAAAUCAGCCAUUCUGAGUCGAAGCUACCAAUAUCCAGACGGUCCAGAAGAGUCUCAAAUGAAAACGUAGCCGUUUCCACUUUGGACAUGGGAAUGGGAAAAUCAAAUCAGAUAUUAGCCUCAAUGACACUGGCUCAACCGCCGACGACGCAGUCAUCAAAAGAAGCAGCUGUGGCCGAACUAGCACUAAAAGCGUCGUCACCAAAUACUAGAGAGGACGCACAAAUGAGAUCACCGCCGGGGACAGCUGAUCUCAGAUUGAAGAGUACGAAAAAAACAAACGAGGACUGCCAAGAACCAUCAACGCCGUCAAAUACUAGUUCGUGCCUUAUUAGCCACCGGGCUGAAAAGGCCGUCUUCACAAUUACUAAAUUCCUGCAAAAGCCAGUACCGACCAGAUCGAGGGACAGGAUUCCAGGACCAGUGAAAAAUGCCCAGGGAAUGUGGAUCGAACCACCCGUGUUUUUAUUCGGAGAUCCGAAAACUGGCAAAUCUCUUUACAAACGAAUAAGCCAAGCUGAACAGAGUCCAUAGUCAAACCAAAGGCAACUUGAACAGAUUUUGCAAUCGUUAUAGCGCUCUAGGUUACCUAUAUUAUCUGUGUCUGCAUUGGCGUGUGUUUAUCUUCGGGCGAAGGAAUGUUGUGAUCAAUUUUGGCUUCGUAGAUUUCAAGAUAGAAAAAUGUUUUAUAGAAAUGUCUGUUUAAUUAGUAUAUAGGAUGGGGUAGAGAUCUUACAUUAGCGCAAAGAAGCUAAGCAAUCCUAAAAGUAGAUCGAUGUUGACGGAGAGGUCCAUAUGCUCAUAUCAUAUAUAUAUAUAUGACUGUUUAUAAAUAACUUAUAAAUACUCGUAUGUACACGUGUAUGACUGUUUAUAAACUUAUAAAUACUCGUAUGUACACGUGUAGAUUUUUACCGUCUAUUUAUACUUCAUCUAAUUGAUUUUAUGCUCGUCAUCUUUAUUGUAGACAAUGAACGAAGCUGUAUCUGCAUAGACAUUUGUUGCAUACUGCAUGGAUUGAAAGGCCGGGCAUUUCACUCCACGUAAUGUACCGACCAGCUAGAGCACUGCACAUAUCGAUACGGUUGUACGUAUAAGAUUUUUAGCCGAUGCGAAGUAUUCCGCACGAACUUCAAUUUUAUAUGGACACAUAAACCUGCCGACCUGUAGAACAAAAGAAAACGACUGGUAUACAAUUUUGUUGAGUAUUUAAAAGUAACUAGGCCGAUGCGACCAAGUCUUUCGUACGAAGUAUUCCGCACAAACUUUAAUUUCAUGUAGACACACACCAGCCGGACUGUAGAACAAAAAAAAACGAAUAAAAUUGCCGUUGACAAA